GCUUUCACAGCCUUUUGCUGUUGUGUUCAGGUGUAAAGAAGUAGGACAUAAUGUUGACAUGAGUCACGUCAGACUAGUCUCUGUAACAUAUAAUCAGGAUUAUGAAUGGAAUAUUCUAUUAGCAACUCAUGUAAAAGUCAUAUUCAAGAUAAUUUCUCCAGAAUAAUGUUCGUAGUCAAAAUCUUGCGGUCCUUGUAAACAUAGUUACUGUGUGUGAAGAAAAACAGAUCAGUGAUAUCAAUUAAACAUGAACAACAGCAACAGUGAUGAUGUGUAAAGAGCUUCAUGUCCACCCAGUGUUUGUGGAGGUUUUAACAGGAUACGUGUCACCUUCGUACAAUGGUUAAGAGUUAACCACUUCCUGUGCACUGCUGGUAGCCUGUGAACAUGUGAACAUUCAGCCUAUGUGCAUCCGUGAUUUCUUUCUCUCAACUAUGGCACCCUAUACAAACUGUACAUUCAGCAAAGCAAGCUGUGAGCAUUGUGUGCUGUUCAAAGGUGAGUUUUUUGUCUUGUGUGAAUCCAAGGUGUUUGAGGCUUUCAGCCAUUUCAACUGUGUCAUUAUUAAUCAUUGGAGGGUUCAGUGAUUGGUUUUGUGACCCUUUCUAGAUCGAUAGAUUGCAGUGACUUUGUUUCACAUUUGUUGUUGAAUAACUGUGGUUCACAGCAUCAUGUGCUGCUUUUUGAAAUGGCCUGCUUCACAUUAUCAGACAGGUUCUCACUAAAGUUUGGUUUGAACAGAUCUGGCAGUAAUCAUAUCUGGGUCUAGACAGCUUUUUUCCCCUUAAGUACAUGAAAUCAUCAUUAGAAAAGGAAAACUUUUAUAUUUACAUCAUUAUAUAAAAAUUUGUCUGAUGAUGAAAUAUUUAAGUGUGCCAUUAUACAUACAUAUGAUCUAACAUAUACAAAAAUAGAAGAAACCAGGAAGAUGGCCAAUAUCUUUCACAUCACUUCUGUGGUCCGUGUUUUAAUUUGAAUUUCAAGAGUUUCACAAUUAGAUGAAAAUUCUUUAUAACUUUAAAAUGUGUGCAGGAUUUAAUUUGUAAAAAAAAUUGUUCUCGUGUCAUGUCAGGAACAAUUUCCCUUUUUUAGUCUGAUCACCCUGUUUUGUUCAUUCUAUGUUUACUCUGCUAUGAAUAAUGUUAUUCCGGUGACAUUAGUGACUUAACUUUAUCCAGCCCCAGUUCACCCACAGACAGUGAUUUCCCUUGGAAAUGUUUAUCAUUAAAUCUUUCUCAUGUUUAUGUCUUACAGUUGCUUCCUCCAGUUAUUUAGCAGAACUGAACUGACAUCUCUGGGUUUUUAGAGGGGGUGGGGAUGUGAGUGUUAUCGAAAGUCAGAUGGAAAAGGGUAGAAGUGAAAGUGUUACAGUUAAAGUGUAACCUGUCACUCUGCCGCAGCAGUCACAAAUGGAUAAGUUUAGGGUGGUUCUGAACAUUGCCAACAAACAGUCCAACCUUGGUUUUGGACUGUUGGCCCUGUUGACAGCAGGAGGGGAGCAGAUUUUCUCCUCAGUGGUGUUCAGUUGUCCCUGCAAUGAGUUGAACUUCAUAUACGGUUUGGUGUUCCUGCUGGUACCCGGUCUGGCUCUGCUGCUCCUGGGUUACAUCCUGAAUAAGAAGACGUGGAAGCUGUUGACAGGUUUGUGCCACGGCAGGGCCAAGCUGUGCAGCUGCAAAAGGCUGAGAGCUGCCGUGACAGUCCUCUUCCAGAUCAACACCACAGCGCUGGUGGCACCUUUCACCUGGAUUGCUGUGGCUCUGCUCAACGGCAACUACUAUGAGUGUUUGAUGACUGGGACCAAGGUUAGUCCAGUCCAACAUCUGUGUGGAAAAAGCAACUCCAAGGUCCCGUGUGAGAACCUGCACAGGUUUCCCUGUAGAGAUGACAGGGUACUGAAGGCUGACAGAGAGGAUGUCCUGCUUGCCCUGAAAGCUCAGUCUCAGAUAUUGGGUUGGCUGCUCAUCGCCUCUGUCAUGUUGUCCAACCUGCUGCUGACCUGUCUGGCUCGGUGCAGCUCCCCCAUCAGCUACCUGCAGCUCAAGUUCUGGAGGGCGUAUGCUCAGGAGGAAGGCGAGCUUAUUGAAUCAUACAACGCGAAACACGCCAAAGAACUUGCUCAGAGGAACCUUCAGAGUUUCUUCAACCAGAAACCAGCUGAACCCAUCAUCACCCCUUCCAACAAAGAAUGGGAGAAGAUCUCCUCCCUCUACAAAUUUAGCACCAAAGGACAGUACUACAGCACCUUGCACCGCUAUGUGGAGACCUGCCAGGAGAGUGAUGACGGGAUGAUGAGGAUGGCUUCCAUUGCGUCAAGCGGGUCUGCUGACGGCCACCCUGCUGUUCUUCAAUUUGUAGAUGACUGCACGAUUCCGGUGUGAGGUCUGCUGAUGUAUGGAUUACACUGAUAUCAUCACUGAAUUACACUCAGUGCAGGUGUGGCUCUUAAGAGUCACCUCAUAUUUGCUCUGAGAGAAUGUAUUAGCUUAGCUUUUUAUUAGCAUCCAGACACUUACUCCUUGACACAGAAAUGCAAACAAAAAAAACUGUUCAAUUGAAUAUGGACUUUAAUGGGUGAAAUAUGUGAGAUGAUCUGUAUACUGCCAGAACAACUGCACACACAGACGCUUUAUACAGACAGAAGAAGUAGUAAAGUUAAAGUGGCCACUAUGUGAUGGCCUAAAUGUCCGCUGUGUUCCACUCUGGAGGAGAAUAAAGCAACAACAAUAUGGUGUAAAGGACGCCGUUUCGAGUCAAAUUUCAAUGUCGGGCCUUAAAGACAUUUGGCUUUGGAUUUUGCUACAAUGCUGAUUACCCCUGAAAUCCAUAGUGGUGAGUAGAUAAUGAGUGGAUUUUAAAUGUUUGGGUGAACUAUCCCUUUAACAAUGCACAUGCGAAGUGUGAGGCCGAUAAGAAGAACAGCCAUACAGACAGACAGAUUUCUGGAAUUAGUAGAAAGGUGUCGAAUCCCAGUGUCCAAUGUCCUUUUGGAGCUUUCACAGCCUUUUGCUGUUGUGUUCAGGUGUAAAGAAGUAGGACAUAAUGUUGACAUGAGUCACGUCAGACUAGUCUCUGUAACAUAUAAUCAGGAUUAUGAAUGUAAUAUUCUAUUAGCAACUCAUGUAAAAGUCAUAUUCAAGAUAAUAUCUCCAGAAUAAUGUUCGUAGUCAAAAUCUUGCGGUCCUUGUAAACAUAGUUACUGUGUGUGAAGAAAAACAGAUCAGUGAUAUCAAUUAAACAUGAACAACAGCAACAGUGAUGAUGUGUAAAGAGCUUCAUGUCCACCCAGUGUUUGUGGAGGUUUUAACAGGAUACGUGUCACCUUCGUACAAUGGUUAAGAGUUGACCACUUCCUGUGCACUGCUGGUAGCCUGUGAACAUUCAGCCUAUGUGCAUCCGUGAUUUCUUUUUCUUAACUAUGGCACCCUAUACAAACUGUACAUUCAGCAAAGCAAGCUGUGAGCAUUGUGUGCUGUUCAAAGGUGAGUUUUUUGUCUAGUGUGAAUCCAAGGUGUUUGAAGCUUUCAGCCAUUUCAACUGUGUCAUUAUUAAUCAUUGGAGGGUUCAGUGAUGCGCAGCCUCUAACCAUUUGCUCUGCUUUACUGAUAUUGAGGUGGAGGAGAUCAUUCUCACCUACAAAUGAUGUGUGUCAUGUGUGGAGAGGAUGUUUCAGUUUAAUGAACUCAAGAGUGUUUUAGUCUGAGGAGUGACUCUUGAGGGAAAGAAACCACUUAGAGGAUGGGAUCACUUCCCCACUUGAUACUUGGGAUUGCUUCCCUCUUUCUCUGUAACACUGCUCUGCUCUCUAUGGAAACAUUCUAAUACAAAUGAAUAAAUACUCUCAUUCUG